AUUUGGCGUUUCAUUGAAAUCAUAACCAACUUGAAGCUGAAUCUUUGGUAAUAAAGUUCACAUGUAAUGAACGUUAGUCAAGAUGUCUAUAUUUUUCGACUUUAAAGUAGGAAACGGUACAAACGGUAGAAGGUUCAGAAGAGCUGUAGAAGGUGAUAAGCAUGAUAUAGAGUUGAUAAUAAAUCUCAAACAUACUGAACGGCUCUUUGAUAAUGUUGAUAUCGGGAAAUUAAUAGAAUUAUCAACUUUGUCAAUAUGCAUGAUAAAUAAUAAAAAGGAAGUAAUAGGGUUCAUGGCGCUUUGUGACCAUCCCAACAUAAAUGGAGUCGAUCCUUCGGAUUGGGAAACAUGGAUACGAAAUCUAUUUCAAAAAUAUUAUUUAUCCAGAAAUACUUUGUUCAUACAUUUCAUGUGUUGUAUUGAUGCCGUCAUGGAUAUUUUCAUCGAGGAAGCUUUUGUAUCGAUAUUCCGUAAUGACGUUUAUCUUUUAAACAUCGUGUUGGUCCCAAAAAUAAACAAUGGUACCGAAAAUCUUAUGUACCUUUACACUGCGAUACGCAAUGACUUUUGCCCUAAACUAAAAAUACGUCGAGCGGUAGAAGAAGACAAUGAUGAUAUCGUAAGUAUUCUGGGCAAAAAUUGUCCCAAAUUACAAGAAAUGUAUGGCGAGUUUUAUAUAAGUGAAAUUAUCGGGCGCCAUCCAGAAAUGGAUAGAACAAUAAUUGUUGCUGAUUACCAAGACCAAGCAGUUGGAGUCAUGUGCCUGAACACCAAGAUGAAUUAUAAUUUGCUGCAAAAUACUUAUGAACUUGGACCCCUUCACGGUCUUCGAAAACUGACAGCUUUAGAAAAAGAAAAAUAUAAGCGAUCGAAUACUUUACUAAAUACUUUUGGAGAGCCAAUAAUGAUAGGAAAAUGGAGUCCAUUUCAUGAUCUGCAGCCAGAUAUGGACGAAGUUAAUGUUGCGCCGUCAAUAAAGAAAGAACAUGGCAAAAGAACUAAAACGCACAGUAAAGUUAAUUUUGACCGGAAAUCAGCUAUGCGGAAAAGUUUCGAUCAUUUUUAUUACAGGAAACAAUAUUCCGAAGACAGCGAAAGGGAACUAAAUUCUCCAACACCAUCAACUGCAACCAAUCCAUCAUUUGUGAAUUACCUUCUAGAUGACGAUCCCUUUGAUUACGAAAUUGUUAAUAUCGAUAAUCGUCUUUUGACUGUACCAGAAGUACUGUCUUCAGAAUUCUUAUUGCCUAAUACAGAAGAUGAAGGACCUCGGCAUUCUCGUCUAAUGCAGAUUCAAGAUAGAGUGAAGCGAAGAACUUCUAUACUUAGAAAUAAAAGCAACCAAGAUAAUAAAUUGCAAACAUUCGCUGGUGAUCCGAAUGCUUUUAUGAUCGAAUUGUUGGGAUUUAGAGAAGAUGUGGAUGAGACACAAGCCUUCCAUUUGCUAGAAGCGGCAUUUGAAAUUAUGAAGGAAUACGAUUAUUGCGUUAUUCGGGUGCCGUGUAAAGACAAGAGUUUCCAUUUACUUGAGCAUUUCUGUUUUGUUCCCAUUAAAGAAGAAACUUCAACAGACUACGCUCUUUAUGUUGCUCAUCGGAGUUCUGUGCUCAGCAAAUUAAGGGUUCGUAGGGCAGAAUUAAUCGACGUACCUCAAAUUGCUCAACUCUUGAGGAGUUUAGACGGAAAAGAGACAUUAUGGACUGUAGAAAAUACUAUUAUUCACAAAAGUGACCUACAGUGCUUCGUGUUACUGAGUGGCGUCACACUUAUCGGUGUUGGUAUAUUAGAGAAACCAGAACAAAUAGAUUUCAUUCGUAUUAAAUUUAACCUGGAUUCGCAUCGGAUCCACAAAUACCAUACCAGUCAAGGUUUGGACUGCGGCUUAGUCACACUAAAAGCUGUUUUAGUGUAUCCCGUAUUCGAACCUCAUUAUAGGUUCUUCGCCAGAGAUAUGAUAAGGCUUUCUGGAUCGAACGCUAUGAUGUGGUUAACUGCAUAUAGAAAUAAAUGGGUAACACAUAAAGCGAAUUCAUUAGCUGCUUCUAUGGUUCCUCUUAUGCCGAGAAGUUCAAAAAUUGUUUAUAUAUCAACGCCAGAACUAAGACGGAUCCGCAAACUUUCCAAUACUGUAAUGGCAUUUAGUAGCUGGUUUAUAAGCAAGAAGUUAACAAGUGUUCCAAAAGUCAAUAUUAACGCUAGAAUUCUUAUCGUUGGAGCUUCGAGAACUGCUAUGGCAUUUCUUAAUACGCUGCUUUUCAGUGAUUCGUGUUCUUAUUUGUUUUUCACUAACGUGACUCUAGUAUCGCCCAAUGGUUUGCCAUACACGAGAAAAACAAAUCCACUCUCUGAAAUGAUGUUCCAAAAAUAUUACACAAAUUCCGAUAAAUAUCUUAAAAGCGUUCCAUAUACGUAUUAUGUGAAUGUCAUUCAAGGGACAAUGGUCGAGAUUGAUAAACGUAAAAAACAUAUACAUCUAUCAAAUGGUCGCAAAUGUGAUUAUGAUUUUCUAUUUUUACUAUUUGGAAAGCAAUAUCAACAUCCGGAUUACUUAAAGUCUAUAUUUAAAAGAAAAAAGGAUAUGAGGAGCGGAAAGCUACCUCAAUAUACUCGUCUUGAUAUACCACAGCCUAGAUUAGAACCAGGCGUUAUUAAUUAUACUCCGGCUAACGUUUUCAUAAUAAACACGAUAACAGAUGCCAACAAAGCACUCGACUUUGUCCGGACAUUAAGUUGGCUGAAUGCGGAUUAUAAAAUACUCGUAUAUGGUGCUUCGAAACACGUUUACUGUUGUUUGGCAACUUUAAUUGAAAUGAAGAUACCAACUGAAAACAUAAUUUUUAUAGAACCUUUUCCAUCUUUACAUAUUAGAAAAAUGAGGGUGUCGUUAUUUUGUAAUUCUUAUGUAGAUAAAACCGUGUGCGAACUUCUAGAUAAUCUGAUAAUCAAAGUUUAUCGUUCUUAUUAUUUUCACGCUUGGCAUAUGGAUGUUGACAAUCUAGUUACUCAAGUUGAUUUCCUCUCGCAAUUUCAUCUGUUACAACUAAAAUGCUCUGCCCUAUUUUAUUAUGGAACCCGAGGUGUUAAUGAGCAAGCGUUUUUUGCUAUUAAUAAGAGCGGUAUGGCAUAUGAUGGCGGUAUUCUAAUAGAUCAUCAGUGUAGGACAAAGGAUCCCUCAAUUUAUGCCGCCGGACCAGCCACCAGAUAUUAUAGAAGGUACUAUGCUGAAGCAAUGCGUCAAAAAUAUUACGAUGCCUACGAAGUUGGAGCCAAGCUUGGCUCUCAAAUAAGGGAUCUGUUAGAUCCACUUUUUAAAGAAACACCUAUGGAGCUAGGAAAGACAGGAAAAGGUUCAAUAAAAUGUGUCAGUUUUGAUUCGUCUUCAAUAAAUACGAAAGAAACUGAUGAUAUUUCGGAAUCAAUUAAUACUAAAACAUCUUAUCAAUCAAGCGAUUUGGAAGAAUUUCAAAAAAUUCCAACCUUUAAAAAGCCGCAUGUUACACAAUUCAUGCUUCCUGGUGGUCUUCAAUAUUUAGAGGUGCGUUCGCCAGGGAUGAAGGUUCCUCAUCAUUAUGUACAAUCCUUGCAGUAUAAUGGUAUUGUGAUGGAAACUUUUAAAAAUGGGUAUUUUAAACUUCGCAUGUCAAAUGAUCUUAUUGUUGACGGAAUCACAUGUUUGACUCCAGAAAAAAUAUCGCUCGAAAAUUUUAAAAAUCUCUAUGGUCUCUCCUCAACUGUUCUGAAUAAUGUUCAUUUGCGAUAUACUGCAAAGAAAUUGGAUAAUUUUUACGAAUUCUUCCAAGAUCCUUGGGCCUGCUUUUUAUACCAUGACCAAGCAGACGAAUUAUUUGCUAUGAUUAAAGAAAUACUUCCUAAAGGACAAAAACAGGGCGAAACUUUGGCAGAAACUAUGAGGAUUGUAGGAGAUAGCUCAAGUAAACAGUCAUUUAAAUUCCAUACUAAGAUGAAGAUUCGAUCUAGUUUUGAAAAGUCGCCUCACGUGGAAGCUGUAACUGAUUAUGUAUUAGAAUGGUUGUCAGAAAACGACGUCCUACUGCCUAUGUACCUUCAGCCGUGGCAAACGAGCCAAUACAACUAUGAUUUGGAUCACAAUCCAGCUUUCAGGAACAGAAAAAAUACAAUUGUCAAAAUGUUAUCUAAGAUUUUUUAA